ACAUUGUUGAUGUGAAUAUCCAGCAUUACUAAUGCUCGGGUGGCAUAAACCAAGCAUUUUUCUCAUGACAAAGCUCCAUCCCCACUUGCUAUAAAUUCAAGACCCUGUUCCCAACAGGCAUCAGUCUUGAUUCAAGUUGUAAACAAGGACCAUGGCUCGUACCAAACAAACUGCCCGUAAAUCCACUGGAGGGAAAGCUCCUCGCAAACAACUGGCAACCAAAGCUGCCCGUAAAUCGGCCCCAGCCACUGGUGGUGUGAAGAAGCCACAUCGUUACCGUCCUGGAACGGUGGCUCUUCGAGAGAUCCGCCGUUACCAAAAGUCCACUGAGUUGCUCAUCCGUAAAUUGCCCUUCCAACGUCUGGUCCGUGAGAUUGCUCAGGACUUUAAAACCGACUUGCGUUUCCAAUCGAGCGCCGUUAUGGCACUGCAAGAGGCCUCUGAGGCCUACUUGGUGGGUCUCUUUGAGGACACCAACUUGUGCGCCAUCCACGCCAAGCGUGUCACCAUCAUGCCCAAGGACAUCCAGCUGGCCCGCCGUAUCCGUGGGGAGCGCGCUUAAGAUAUUAGUCCAGCCCUAGUGGGACAUGAGUUACUCAACAAUAGGCCUUGUUCAAGGCCAAAAACUUAUGACUUAAAGGAUAGAAAGCAGAGCCGCAAUUUUAAGUGUUCCUAGUGCAAUUUAUCGGGAACAUUGGUCUCCAUUUUGCAGGUCGCCAACUCAUUGGCUUUGAUACUCUUUGUGAUGCACUCUCUUGAGCAAUUCAGAGCAAUCGCUUGCGUGCGAAACGCCGUGGCCUAGGAUGAUGCAUUCUUGUGAGUAAAAUCAUGUCCAAUAAAAUUCGGUAAAUUUUUGUAACCAUGGCGUUAGUGUUUUCCUUAGAGCCACACAGAAGUUCUAUGCUUGUUGAACCAAUAGCCUGAAUGCCUGAAGAAUAGAUGAUCAACGGUUCCCAGCCAACGUUUUUAUAUUAGUGCUGUAACUUUCAUCUAAACCGAAUACCAGUCUUUUCCUUCACCUGCUUGGAAUUACAUCAUAAUCUUGUAUUUUAUCUCUUCAAAAGCAGAUCCUGUCAAAUUCA